AUGGCCUCCCACGAUAUCGGCGCAGUGGAACCACACGCCUCAACGACAGUUCAUCCCAAAGCAGACUCGACGCAUUCGCAACCGAUCUACACCAGCGAGAGCAACGCGGUGCUCGAGCACGACGCGCAGACAAAAGGGCGGUGGUUCCAGUAUGUCAAGACGAAGCAAUUUUGGAUCACGUUGGUUUUGGGGCAGGUCCUAGCAAUAUGCAUAACCUCCACCAACACGCUCUCCAGCCUCCUCUCCGCAGAAGGAAACUCCAUCCCCGCAUUCCAAACCUUCUUCAACUACGUCCUCCUAAACGCCAUCUACACAUCCUACACCUUAUACAAAUACGGUUGGAAGCGCUGGGUGCGCCUCCUCCUAGUCGACGGAUGGCGUUUCCUGAUCCUCGCGUUCUUCGACGUAGAGGGGAAUUACUUCGUCGUGCUGGCUUACCGAUAUACGACAAUCCUCUCCGCGCAGUUAAUAAACUUCUGGGCCAUCGUAAUCGUCGUCCUCCUCUCCUCCCUCCUCCUACACGUGCGCUACCACUGGACGCAAAUCCUCGGCAUCCUGCUGUGCAUCGGCGGCGUAGGCGUGAUCUUCGGCUCGGAUCAAAUAACAGGGUCGAACCACUACGGCGCCUCGGACGAGGUGAAAGGCGACCUUUUCGCGCUGCUGGGCGCGACCUUCUACGGACUCGCGAAUGUGUUUGAGGAAGUCCUCGUUUCGGAACGGCCGCUGUAUGAGGUGGUGGGGCAGUUGGCGUUCUGGGGGAUGCUGAUUAAUGGGACGCAGGCUGGGAUUUUUGAUCGCGCAUCCUUCCGCGCCGCAACUUGGAACGGCCGCGUUGCCGGCUAUCUUACAGGCUACACCCUCAUCUUGAGUUUGUUCUACUCCCUCGCCCCGGUCCUGUUCCGCCUUUCUUCAGCGGCGUUUUUUAAUAUCUCCCUCCUGACGGGGUCUUUCUGGGGCGUGGCCAUUGGGGUUAAGGUCUUUGGACUCAGUAUUCAUUGGAUGUAUCCGAUUGCGUUUGUGCUUAUUAUCGUGGGGCAGGUGAUUUAUUUCACGAGGCAGACUAUGCUGAGUGAGGCUUUGAAGCCGUGGUUGGGGGUUAGGCAGGAGAGGGGGUGGAGUGGGGUGGGGACGGCGAAGAGGAGGGUUGAGAGGCCUGAGGCUGUUGUUUGA